GCUCAGGUGACUCUUCCCGUACGUGGGGGGCGCUAGAGACCGUUGAGCGCCAUGUUGCACGCUAAACGAUCCGCUGAAGGAAAGUCACAAGCUCUCUGCACGGCGUUGCAUUUGGACAACCCAUUUAUAUACAAAUGGAGGAGUUACAAGCCGUAAAAUGAGCACGCAGGCGUCAACAUCUGGAUCCGUCAAUGAGGCGAGAGGUAGAAGUGCUCAAGAUAUGGAAGACUCCAAAACACACUUCAGAGUCUGUCGGUUUAUCAUCGAGACGGGAGUGAAGUUAGGCAUGAGAUCUGUGCCCAUGGCUACAGCAUGUGUGCUGUAUCACAGGUUCUUCCAGUCUGCCAGUCUACAGGUCUAUGAGCCUUACCUAGUGGCCAUGUCUGCCAUCUACCUCGCGGGCAAAGUAGAAGAGCAGCAUCUCAGAACUAGGGACAUCAUCAAUGUCUGUCACAGGUAUUUUCACCCAGAGAGUGAACCUAUGGAACUGAAUGGGAAGUUUUGGGAGUUGCGGGACAGUAUAGUACAAUGUGAGCUCCUUAUCCUUCGACAGCUUAACUUCCAAGUGUCCUUUGAGCAUCCACAUAAGUACGUGCUGCACUACCUGCUCUCGGUGAGGAGUCUUUUGAAUCGUCACGCCUGGUCUCGAACCCCCAUUGCAGAGACGGCCCUGGCUGUGUUAAAAGACAGUUACCACGGCUCUGUGUGUGUCCGCCAUAAGCCUCAACACCUUGCCCUCACCUCCCUCUACCUCGCUCUCCAGACAUAUGGAGUGCAGCUCCCCAGAGGAGAACUGGAGUGGUGGCAGGUUGUUUGUGCAGACAUCACCAAGGCUCAGAUUGAGACCAUCAUGAGUGAGUUACUGCAGCUCUACGACAUGGAGGCCAAGUGUACCUGAGAGACAACGAAUGAAGCGGUACUAAAACACUGGCGCGGAAACCAACAUCUUCAGCCGAAUCUGUAUCUGACGAUCAUCUUAACACAUGCAUUGAACCCUUUUUCUCCUGAUGUUGCGACGUAACCUAAUGAGCUCUGCUUGUUAAUUACAUUACAGAACAUGAAGGUUUAGAAAGGCUCGUCAGGAAUGAUGAGAGGAAUUUCGAUAUAGAAGCAGGCUUUGUAAGUGGUGCUAUGAAAACCAGACUUUAGCCACACCGCAUCAAUCAAUUCCCAGCCACCGACCUACUUUCUUCUCCUACCUUGUGCUAUUUUUCCCCUUAAAGAGGGAGAGAGAAAUUACAAAAGAGAUGGAAUAGCUGGUUGAAGGAAGAAUGAAACAAAAGAAGAGCCAUCCUGUCCCCAGAGCUAAAUUCUGAGGUAAACGCUAGAUCUGAGCCUUUUCUUUUAUAUUUUCUAAUUUAAUUACUCUCCUCCUCUCCCUACAGAACUUGUCCCGGUAGGAUUCUUUAUGUAACUCCUUAAAGCAGUAUUACUGUAAAGCACCACAGUUUUAUUAGAUACCACACUUCUAUUUCAAACUUCAAAAACACUUCACUGACGUAAACUUUCCAUAGUCUUAGCUAAAGAUGAACGGCAGUUUCAUUCUAAGACUAUAUUUAAAAAUGUAAUUACAAAUAAAAAUGUUUUUUGCACCAA